CCAAGAGUUGGAGGUUCUUAUCGACCAUGCGGGGCAGCCUUUACAGCCUUCCGCCAUGCGCUUUUUUUCCCGCCCGCGCCACACUCCGACGGUCCCUCGAUUUCUGGUCGGAUUCUCCCCUGCUUUCCUUGGACCAUUACCAUCGCCUCUGCAUCUUCCUGUGUGACUCAAGCCCCAAAGCUUUCGCGAUGACUCAACCCAACCCGUACAUUCUGGCCGCCGACAAUCCCGGCGCGGUCCUGACUCUGUUGCAGUCUAACCCAUCGAUCGCAUCCAACCAGGACGAGCAUGGCUACUCGCUACUCCAUGCCGCAGCUUCUUAUGGACAUAUCGACCUCCUGCGCGCUCUGGUGAAAGAUUUUCACGUUGACGUAAAUCUGCUCGACGAGGAUGGUGAAACCUGCCUGUUUGUGACGGAAAGUCUCGACAUUGCGAAAUGUCUAGUGGAGGAGCUGGCUGUGGACUACAACAAGAGAAACGACGAGGGAUUUACCGCCUAUGAGACUAUCGAGAACGAUGACUCGUUCCCCGAAAUUGCUGCCUACCUGCGGCAAGUCGCAGGCGUGCCAGCCCCGGCGGCGCCGGCGGCGGGCGAUGCCCUGAACCCGGCUCCGCCGCUGCCUCCGAACAUCCACUUGAACCUGGGCACCAUGUCGGAGCAAGAAGCAAACGCCGGAACUGACGAGGUUGACCCCGAGUUCAAACGGCGCAUUGACGAGCUGGCCGCACGGGAGGAUUUCCACAGCGAAGCUACGCAAAACGAACUGCGUCAGUUGGUCAUGGAUGCCAUCUCAGGCUCCAACAUUGAAACUCAAGAUCGGGACGUGCGGCGCAGAACGGACUAAGUAACAUAGCAGAAAUCCCAGUGUUCUAUGGCCCCUGACAGCAAUGAAUACCAUCUUGCUUGCUUAAAGAAGUCGAAGCAGUUCCGGAAAGGCUGUGGGACUUCUCGCAUCAAAUCGAGGCUAGGGCGUUUGGCGGCUGCAGCACUUGCAGCUUGGGCAUACCCACCGUACUGCGGUAUCGUACAUGAUGUGGUCUCAAAUAGCGACGACAGGAGGGUAGGCCUCCGAUUGGCAUGAUGGUAGCAGUUUUGCACAAUCAGGCGGCACUCGGAGCGAGGGCCCUACACAUGCGCCAAGUUUCGGAAAGAACAUGAUGCGCAGGGGUAGAGGCAUUACAAGGCGCAAACGUGCCAAUAGUUGAUGUCUGAUACUAUUGAACCCAUUUACAAUACCCUAAAUAUAUUCCGACUACUUUGCUC